CCCUAGGCAGGCAUGUGAAGUUCAAAGAAAAAUUGGUUCAGCUCACUCCAUCCUCCCAGUCCAACAGUCUGCCGUACAAUCGAGUUGACCCCACCAGCCAGUUGAAGAAUCAGCCCCGAUGCAGCCCGCCGCCUCCCAUGUGACCUCGAGUCUCCGCCGUCGCCUCCUCUCCGCGUCCCGGCGAGCGCCGACCUCCCAGGCCGUCUCUUCCUUCCCCACCUCCGGUGGAGUCGUGAGGGAGAGGGAGCCAUGGGGCUCACCGGCGACGCGCUCGACGCCGUCGAGCUGCUUCCCCACCGCCCCGCCACCGGCUACUCCUGUCCCCUGCCCCCUCCCCCGUUCAUCCUCGUUUUUGCCUCGUCCACAGCUGCUGCUACCACAAGUUCGCGGCCUCUCCUCUGCUCGCCCCCUCCGCUUCGCCGGCGAGGUGCUUCGCCGAGGUCUAAUUGGGGACAGCUUUCGUUCUCCGUUUGAUACCAUGAGCGUAGGACUGCAAAGUUUGACCAGGACUCCCUCUUCAACUUAUAGCCGUGGUUGCUCCAGUACAUAUGCGACUUCUUGUGCUACCAAGCCAGAGGCUCUACCAGUGGAAAUACCGACGUCAGAUAUGCUUAUCGAUUCAUUUGGGAGGUUUCACAAUUACUUAAGAAUCUCCUUGACUGAGCGCUGUAACCUGAGAUGUCAAUACUGUAUGCCCGCUGAAGGAGUCGAGCUCACUCCGAAGUCAGACCUUCUGUCACAUGAUGAGCUAAUUCGAGUUGCCAGUCUUUUUGUUACUUCUGGUGUGGACAAGAUCCGAUUAACUGGUGGAGAACCAACAGUUAGAAAAGAUCUCGAAGACAUUUGUUUACAUCUUUCUGGCCUGAAGGGACUGAAAACUCUUGCAAUUACCACAAACGGGAUCGUUCUCUCCAAGAAGCUUCCAAGACUGAAAGAAUGUGGUCUUAAUGCUUUAAAUAUUAGCUUGGACACAUUGGUCCCUGCAAAGUUUGAAUUCAUGACGAGGCGUAAAGGGCACUCAAAGGUCAUGGAAUCAAUAGAUACUGCCAUAGAACUUGGAUAUAACCCUGUGAAGAUUAAUUGCGUUGUCAUGCGUGGAAUGAAUGAUGAUGAAAUCUGUGAUUUUGUUGAAUUGACCAGACACAAACCUAUUAAUGUUAGAUUUAUCGAGUUCAUGCCAUUUGAUGGUAAUGUUUGGAAUGUCAAGAAGCUGGUCCCUUAUGCGGAAAUAAUGGAUAAAGUGCGUCAACAUUUUGAAGGCGUAGAGAGACUUAAAGACCACCCUUCAGACACUGCAAAGAAUUUCAAGAUUGAUGGGCAUGUUGGAACAAUUUCAUUUAUUACAUCAAUGACAGAGCAUUUUUGUGCUGGCUGCAAUAGAUUGCGACUACUGGCGGAUGGCAACUUCAAAGUAUGCUUAUUUGGGCCCUCAGAGGUGAGCCUGAGAGAGCCUAUUCAUUCUGGUAUUGAUGAUGCUGGACUGAAGGAAAUAAUUAGUGCUGCGGUUAAAAGGAAAAAAGCUAAACAUGCUGGGAUGUUUGAUAUUGCCAAGACAGCAAAUAGACCAAUGAUACAUAUUGGUGGCUAAGCGAUGCCGAGAUUCGAUCCAGUCCUUAUACUACACGGACAGCUGGGCCACGAUCGAUCCGACUUUCACGGGAGCGUUUGCCAGGAUCGCCUGAAGCCCACAGCUAGCACGACUUGGAUCAGCGCCCGAGUUCCUUCUCACCUGCGUGCGACUAAGAAAAAAUGUUAUUGCUGUUGUUUCCGGACAAAUGUUACACAUUUAGCUCCGGAAACAGGAAACCCAGAAGUCAGCAUUUAAAUACUUAGAAAAUGCAGUCCCUUACUUGCGAAACAGCAUUUCGGAACCUCACACCGAUCAGUCUUGACAUGUUUGUACUUUUGACAACACAUACCACAGACUGAACUGUUUAUGUUGUACAAUGUAUCCUUCUCAAAUUCAGCUGUUGCUAAGUUGUAUAAUAUUCAUGUUGUAAUGUAUUAGUAUUAUGGAAUGAAGAAAUUGAUUGUAUGCCACCA